CUCGCGCUCUUCACUUCUCGCGCUCUUCACUUCUCGCGCUCUUCCUGCUCGUCGUCUGCUCUCCCUCUCCACCAUCCGAAAUUCGACCACUGGUUGCAGCGGCAUUCGCGUGCCACAGACGAGACACAGUGGAGACUUACUAGACUAGCGCCCCUGGGUCUGCACCAUACGGCUAGGCUGCUGCGUGGUCCCUCUCCUGCCAUGCCCCUCUCAUUGUUGGCUCCCUGCCCCCUCCAUCCGCUUCUUUCGCUCGCCCCUGCACCACCCACCCCUCCACUAGCCCUUCUGGAGAGAAUCUCUUGCACGUGGAGGGGAGGGGUGGGGGGAGGGGGGGCAGCGCGUGGAGCUGUAAUAGGGAGUAUGGGGAAGGGGGGAGGGCUCAGCUGCAGGUGAGGAUGUCUCCCUUCCCGUCGGCUUUGGUCGUUAUCUCGCCAUCUGCUGUUUCAGUCUAGAGUAUUGCUUGCAUGUCCUUCAUUGCAAAUGACGUUCCAUCCUCCUAGUCUCUUCCUUGCCCGUCUCCCUACCCACUGGCCAUCUCUCCUCCCUCCUCUCUUUCCCACUCCCUCCCUCCCAGCAGUUCUUGUGGCAGCCCGUGCAGCCAUGCAAGGAGGGGCGGCACACAAGCUAGCUGCCUGCCGCCAUGCCAGCACCAGCGGCAGCAGCAGCAGCAGCGGCAGCAGCAGCGGCGGCGGCAGCAGCAGCAGCAGCAGCAGCAGCGGCAGCAGGUGCAGCAGCCAUGGGCCUUAGGAGGAGGUGCGGUAGGAGGAGGUGCGGUAGGAGGAGGAGUGGUAGGAGGAGGAGUGGUAGGAGGAGGAGCGGAGGGGCAGACGGGCACAGGGGCAUGCUUCAGCAGAGCAAUCGAACAGCUAAGUACCCCCUCGCUCUCCUCUAGGCCCUUGCCUUUCCACACCAUCUGUCAUCUGCACUUUCAUGAUUGGCAGAAUAUCCUCCCUUUGCUGCUCAUGCCCCCACCCACCAUCAUCUCACUCCGCUGUUCCUUCACCUCUCCACUGUUUCAAAACUCACAACUGGUUGCCACCACGCUCACAUGCCACAGACGAACCACAGCUGGUAUAAC